AAUCAUUAUAGGAAAGAUUAAUUUUGCGCAAAUUGCAUUUGUAUCUCUUAUUCCUGAAUUUUAUUAUGGGUUAGGGACCAAAUCCAAAUCGUUCGUUCUUCUUCGAAGCUAAAGCGGACGGCCAUAACUAUAUAGCCAAAGCUUUUAGCAUAUUUGCCUAGUUUACAUCUACUUUUCCCUCCUAGGGGUUUCCUGUUUGGUUCCCUAGAAAUUGUGUUGCUUUGAGCUCAAAGAAACUCAUCAACUCAUCCGAGCUAAGGUUAGAAUGCAGGAUGCAUCGAUUUAGAAGCAAAGGGGCCUCGCUUUUGGGUUCCUUGCCCGUCCCGCAAUUGAGGAGGAAAGCUCUUAACUCAUGGUCUGCUGUUCAGGACACAUAUUUCUCUACAAAGGACUUAUUUGAGAGGCAUAGGGUUGUGUUUACAAUUGGAACUUCUGUAGCAUCAGUUGCUACAGCAUGGGGUGGAUAUUGUUUGCGCCAUCUUUAUGAAUCAAAAGUUGAUCAAAGGCUUGAAUCAAUUGAAAAAGCUAUGAAAAACAAUUAUCAACUCGAACAUGCAGAAUUUAAGAAGCUUGUGGAUCCAGGACGUUCUAAUGUUGCUGCCUGUAUUGCUACUGCUGGGACAACAUUUGUUCUUGGGUAUGCCUUUGGUUGGCGAGGUGGAAGAUGGUAUGGAAAUAGGAAGUUCAGAAAGGAACAGCUAAAAUUGUUGGGGCAGUUAAAACCUAAAAGAUGGCAGUUGCUGGGGAGGGUGAUUACACAAGAUGGAUUUAUUCUCGGCAUACAGAGAAUUCUAGGGCCUUCAUCUGGUGGGACUCCAGGAAACAAGACGCCAGUUCUGUUGCAGCAUGGGAUACUAAUGGAUGCAGCAGCGUGGCUGUUAUUACCUCCAGGGCAAUCUUUGGCUUUCCUCCUGGCAGAUAACGGGUUUGAUGUAUGGCUUGCCAAUGCAAGAGGAACUCAAUCUAGCAGUGGGCAUACAUCACUUAGUCCAGAGGACCCAGCUUUCUGGAAUUGGUCAUGGGAUGAAUUGGCUGCUUUUGAUCUUCCUACUAUGUUUCAAUAUGUUCACAAUCAAACAGGACAGCAGCUACACUAUGUUGGCCAUUCACUGGGAACUCUGACUGCUCUAGCUGCCUUUUCCAAGAAGCAGUUGGUGGACGUGAUGAGAUCAGCUGCCUUACUAGGACCAGUUGCCUAUAUGGGUCAGAUAAUAUCACCAGUUGCAAAAGUUGCUUCUGACAUCUUAGCUGCCAAUGAAUCAUUCUGGUUAGGUCUUGCGAAAUUUGAUCCAAUCGGAGAUGCCAGUAGGACACUAAUCCAAGAUGUCUGCAACACACCAGGUGUGGACUGCAGCGAUUUGUUGACUGCUUUCACAGGACCCAACUGCUGUCUGGACAGG